ACUGAUUAUGGUACAUCAAGAUAUUCUCCUGAAUUGCAAUCAUGAAACAUAUCCUUUAACACAAUGAUCUUAAAUCAACAGCUUCGGAGGACUCAUGUUGCAGGAUCAGCAAAACAUUUGCCUGCUACCACUGUAAGAAAGCGAAAUAAGAAAUUCAUUCAGGUCUUCGGAUGGAUAAAUAGUUGGGACGAUGAAUAUUUUGCGGUGUGUUGGGCGAUUAAAGUCAAAUAUUUGGCUUGUUUUUGGGGAUGUUUACCAAAAUUUGUUGAGUCAGUUGGCUAUUUUGGAAUCUGUCUGAAUUUCCCGCAAACAAGCAACAACAUGGAAAGUUAUCCAGCUGUCGGUUCCAUUAUGAGGCAGCUAAUUGCAAGCAGGCAACGGGUAACGGUUGACUGGCGCACAGACAACGGGCAAAGGAUUAGCCAACAGGCAACGGCAAUGGCAAUGAUAAUACGCGUCACUUCACCUAUAAACAGUUUGUGUCGACUUAAUCUGGUUAUAUAUCCGGAUUAACGCAUAGCCUUGCCGUCGGCAUGCCGCCGUUCGAGUAUCCGAGUACGCAGAGUCCUUUUUUGAGCGCAAUUUACAAGGUUUUUUAGGUAAUGAAUGGGAAGAUCGCAUUUUUUUUAAUCCACACGGUGCGAGUGCAAAAAAAUCUAAUGAGUCUGCGGGCGAUCAUAAAAAAAAGGGCCCUCUGGCUACCCACCUACGCAAGCGCAGGUCAACGAAAUGACAAUUGGCCUGCUCUUUGCGCAUGAAUGAUUUGCCUGAUCUCUGGCCCAGAGACCUGCCGCAUCAGGUCAGAUAUGAGGUAAGUGAAGAGCAGACGGGUAUAAAAAUGGUUCACAUCGUCGCAAAGAGCAGCAAACGCAAUCAAGAUGUGUCACCAACAAGAACAGCGCACGGAAACGCAAUCGCAAACUCAACGACGACGUGAAGAAGGAGGUGCAGGAGCAGCAGUGGGUAACACCCACAGCAGCAGCAACUCCUCCACGCCUCCAUCUCUCGGUCGGACGCCGUCGGCAGGCUAUGUGCUAUUUUUGCAUCGUGAAGAGUUGCGGCGACGCAGUCGGAAGGCUCCUUCCGCUCGGUCGUCAAUAACCAAAAUCCAUUUGACCAGCGAAUUGAUAGCUAGAACCAAGCAGAACAUAAGCAAAUGCAGCUUUGAGGAUCUGGAAAUCUUGGCCCGAGAAACUCUCUUCAAAAGGAACCUGCAACGUCAUCUGCACCACAGGAGGAUGCAAAUGCAGCUUUGGCAAAUGGCCAAAAGGCAAAAGCAAUUAAAAAAGAUGGGCUAAACGAUGACGAUCCGGCGAUGAUGAAAAGAACAGCAAAAGUGAUUUAGUUUGUUAAUUUUAGAGACAAGUUACAUUUAAAAUACCUAGCAAUAUGACAAAUAUAUAGACAUCCAAAACUAAA